AACUCACGCUCUCUCCUCUUCUCUCUCUCUCUCUUCUAACUUUCUUUUCAAGGCUACUUUAUAUAUACAUAUAUAUUAAGAUGAAACUUGAAAGAGUAAAGAGGAAAAACAAAAAAAAAAAAACUGAGAAAAGUGGCUAGCUAGCUAAAAGCAAAGUUGAAAGAAAGAAAGAGAAAGACCAUCAUAUGGGAGUCACUACUUACUUGGUUUCUCUCUACCAUCGAUUAUGAUCGAUCAAACCAAAGCUAAUAAUUUCCCUCUCUCUCUCUCUCUAUAGUUAGGCACAUUUUUAUUAUUGGUGAUAUAUUGGGAUUCUGAAGCUUUAAUUUAUUUUUAAAACCACUUAAUUAUAAUCAUCAUGGAGUCUGCAAAUCUCGGCCACCACCAGCAGCAGCAGCAGCUCCCAGACCAGGUUGUUGGGUCUCCUCAUCCACUGCUACUAGUACCUUUAGGCGCUACCCCAUCUUGCUAUGGAUUUGGAAGCACCACUCACCACACUUGGUCCUCAUCACCCACUACUACUACUACUACUCCAUCCACUUUCAAUAUUAAUAAUAGCUUUGGUAACACCAUUAACCCCAACUACAACUACGAUGUAAUGGUCUCAUCAGAGUCGAGUAAAAGGGCUGUGAAAAGUAGUAGGGAUAAUAUUGAUCAUCAUGAUAAUAUUAUUUCUAUCAACUCUUCCAAUAUGGUCAACCUCGAAUUCGGGUUUCCGUGGACUAAUUGUAAUCCUUCUACUACUACUACUACUUCUACUACUGUUACUCAUGAUCAUUCAGCCUCGUACGACAUGAACCUUGCAGCGAAAAUUGAGGAAGAAUCGGAAUCAUCAUUCCCGAAAUUCACAGAAAUUUUAAAUAGUUGUACUUCUACUACAACAAGCAGUACUAGUCCUCUCUCCAACAGUACUAAUCAUGUUAAUAAUGAUGAUUACGCCCACUUUUUUCUCAAGCCCGGUGAUCUCAGCAGUAGUAGUAAUAAUAAUAAUAGUAGUAUUAGCAGUAGUAAUGUCACUGAUCAUCAUCAUCAUCAUCAUAAAAAUCUCAUGGUCAAAACAUUGUCCUACUCAACCGGUCAGCAAGUAGUCAACGUAGAGAAUCAGCAGAUUUCCUCAUCAACUACUUCAGAGUUCGAUUCCAACAACAACAACAACAACAACAACAAUAAUAAUAAUAUGACUGGUGGUAGUAGUUUUGGUGGUUUAAUGGCUGCAGUGGGUAGUAGAGGACAGUUUAGUCAGAUUUAUCCAAGUAUAAAUAUUUCCAACUUAUUCAACAAAUUAUCGCCGUCUCCAUCGUCCAAUAUCUCGGUGACUUGUAGCUUGGAUAUCAAUUCAAUUGGUCAUGAUCAUCAUCAUAAUCAGUCUUUCAGGGAGAGUACUCCUUCUAACAAUUUUUGUGGUAGUCCAUUACAACUUCACCAGAUGCACUUACCGCAAAGGCCUUCAAGUGGCCUUAGUAAAAGGCCAUCCUUUAUCAAUACUGAAAUAACAGUAGCUAAAAGAGGAGGCAGAGGCAGUUUGAUAGAACCAAAAAUUAGGACAAUGCAGUCUGCACCAAAUAAGAAGCCACGGACGGAGUCACGAUCAGCCUGCCCACCUUUUAAAGUUAGAAAAGAAAAAUUAGGAGAUAGAAUUGCAGCCCUUCAACAGUUGGUGUCCCCAUUUGGCAAGACAGACACAGCUUCCGUACUAAUGGAGGCUAUAGGAUACAUCAAAUUUCUUCAAAACCAAGUCGAGACACUAAGCGUUCCAUACAUGAAAUCUUCACGAAAGAAGAUCAUUAAAUCAACGCAAAGGGGUGUAAAAGAAGAUUAUGGAAGUGUAUCAGAUGAAAAGGGGGAUCUCAGAAGUCGAGGACUUUGUCUAGUGCCUUUGUCAUGCAUGUCUUACGUAACGGGCGAUGGUGGUGGUGGAAGUAUGUGGCCUAAUUAACUACAGUACUGGAAUAACUUGAUUAAUUAAUUAAUUAAUUAAUUAAUUAUAUUUUAUCCAAAUAAACAGAUUAAGGUAAUGUUAUUUAUUAUUACAACUCGCCAUCAUCAGCCAAGUACUCAUGAUUGAAUAAUUUCUCUUAAGCUCAAGUGCUUUAAAAGUGAUCUCUCAGUCUCACUGAUCUAUAUAGUAGUUUAAUGGAGCAAAUUUGGUCAUCCUGUUAAAAAAGGGAAUUAAUCCAGGAUAGACCAAAUUUGAUCCGUUAACAAAUUAUUUAUGUACUGAAACAUUAGUUAAUUAUAAAUGUAUUAUAUA